AUGUUAUUUUUUGAACUUUUCUUGUAUGCCACUCUAACCUUGAUUACGGGCGUCAAAGCGUCCUUAUCUUACUCGGAUAGUUUGCGCGCCAUCGCGAACAACCAAGUUUCGCCAAAUGAUAUGAGCAAUGGCACGGUUUACAUCACAUUGGGAGAUUUUUUCAGCAACUAUGGAGUGCAAGGUUUGGAAGACUUGAAUGUAUUCACUGUUACGAGCUUCCACUACCUACAAUCUGUUGCCAGUUUGUGUGAAAUCGCCGCAAAACGUCACGAUUGGGCAGACGCUUUGAUGCUGUACUUGAAGUUCGCCUAUUCUGGCCAACCAAACAGUAGCGAGCUUGAAUCGUGUUCAGCUCUUGUUAAAGACAUACUUGCGAUGACCAACCAGCAGGCGGACGAAGCGGGUGAGGGAGUAGCAUCGGGUGUCAGCCUAGCAGAUAUUGGGGCCAGAGUUUAA